CUCAGUAAAACUUGAACCGUGAAGGAAAACGUUUCGGGUACCGAUCAGUGGUUUGAUCGAGUUUAAGUACGAAUUGGGUUUUUAUCGAGGACGCAGCCGCGUACACACGCACGAGACACAGUGUGUAUGCAUCGCGGACCGCGUGUACAGAAAGCGAAAUAUGUUUCCUCCCUGCGGGCGUGGGAAACUGCGAGCUAUCAUCAAAAUGUUAAGGAAAUAAUCGUGUCGCGCAAAGUGUCUCUCGCUGGCAGAGAAGACAGAACACCCGUGCCCGUGUGCUCAAAGUUUCUAUCUCUCUCAACCCCUGUUCCCUCUCCUUAUUCUCUUUGUGUCCCUCUCCCCACCCUUGUGGCGCUUCUCUCCGGGCCCGUACGUUCAUCGCACCGGGUCGACGUCGACGUCGUCGACGACGUUUACCGCGAAACGGUAUUGGGAGGAGACAAAAAGAAGGUGACAGCCCUCCCGCGGAAUUUAUGGUGCGCACCGGAGAAACGGUAAAGUGAGUGGUAACUACGGAGAGUGAAGUGAGAGUGCCACCGACGACGGUGUAUACACACGGAACGACUGCGUCCGUUUCGAGACCGGUAACAAAUUUCGGGGUAUCUCCCCGUGAUUCCGGCCAAUAUAGGUGGAAAGAGGGAAAAAAUGCCGGGCCUAAUCGCCGUUAGCGAGUUCGUCGAGGAGACGAGGGAGGAUUACAAUUCGCCCACCACGUCCACCUUCGUCUCGCGAAUGCCACAAUGCAGACAGACAAUCACAUCCCUCGAAGAGACGCUGGACUUCGACAGAGAUGGCCUGACGAAGCUAAAGAAAGCGAUCAAAGCUAUACACAACUCCGGAAACGCUCACGUCGAUAACGAGGUGUACCUUGGAAGGGCACUGGAAAGGCUCGGCGAUGCCGCAUUGAAAGAACAGGAACCGGAUAUCGGCGCCGCUUUCUUGAAAUUCGCAGUCGUCACGAAGGAAUUGAGUGCUUUGAUGAAGACUUUGAUGCAGAACAUCAACAACAUCGUGAUGUUCCCUCUGGACUCGGUGCUAAAGGGUGAUCUGCGAGGUGUGAAAGGCGACUUGAAGAGGCCGUUCGAGAAGGCGUGGAAGGAUUAUGAGGCUAAGUACGCGAAAAUCGAGAAAGAGAAGAAGCAGCACGCGAAAGAGGCCGGCCUCAUUCGAACGGAAGUGACGCCUGCUGAGAUCGCCGACGAGAUGGAAAAGGAGAGGAGAUUGUUUCAAUUGCAAAUGUGCGAGUAUCUUAUAAAAGUAAACGAGAUUAAAACGAAGAAAGGAAUUGAACUGCUCCAGCAUCUAGUCGAGUAUUAUCAUGCACAGACCAAUUACUUUCAAGACGGUCUAAAAACCAUCGAACACUUCGGUUCGUAUGUAGCGGACCUUAGUGUGAAGUUGCAAAAAAUUAGGCAAACGCAAGACGAGGAACGAAGGCGCUUAACAGAACUGAGGAAUCUCCUAAGAAGCUCCGGUUGCGACAAAGAGUUGAACGUGAAUGCGAAUGCGGGAUAUUCGCUUCACCAACUUCAGGGUGACAAGCAACAUGGGGUGACCAGGUCUGGGCACCUUUUGAAAAAGAGUGAGGGGAAAAUGAGGAGAGUCUGGCAGAAGAGGCGUUGCGCGGUUCAAGCCGAGGGCUAUCUGGAUAUCUGUCACGCGGACGAGAAUAAACCACCGACGAGAGUGAAUUUAUUGACCUGUCAAAUCAAGCUAGUGCCGGAUGACAAACGGGGCUUCGAUCUCAUUAGCUACAACAGAACCUAUCACUUUCAAGCGGAAGAUGAAGCAGACCAACGAGCUUGGAUGUCCGUUUUGGUAAACUGCAAAGAACGAGCCUUGCUUCGAGCGUUCGAUGCGAGUGGCAAGGCAGAAGCAGGUUCAGGAAAUCCAAGCCUAGUCGAACUUCAGCAGGCUGUAAUACGAUGCGUUAUGAGGUUACCUGGAAAUGAUCAAUGUUGCGAUUGUUCUUCGCAAAAUGACGCUACAUGGCUCUCUACAAAUUUUGGCAUAAUCGUGUGUAUAGAGUGCAGUGGUAUCCAUCGGGACUUAGGAGUGCACAUAUCCAGAAUACAGUCCCUUACCUUAGACAAUGUGGGCACUGCCCAACUGCUUCUUGCACGGAACAUGACUAAUCAAGCAUUUAACGAAGUGAUGGAAGCCACAUUACAUCACAACGAGAAGCUAUCCCCGACCUCGACAAUGGAGGAGAGAUAUGAUUUUAUUAGAGCUAAGUACGUGGACAAAAAAUACGUGGUGAACACUUGCGCUGACGAACGAGACCUCCUUUCCGAUUUGGAGCACGCUGUUAAUAAUCGUGAUCUCCAACAACUUCUACAAGUUUAUGCAGAGAACGUGGAUCUGGCCGCUCCGUUGCCCACAUCGGAUGUGGGCGCAACAGCAUUGCAUUUAGCGAUUUUACGCGAAAUGGGAAAUAGCUUACACAUCGUGGAUUUUCUGGUGCAAAAUAUGUCGACCGGUGGUAUAGACAGAACCACUAUCGACGGUGAAACAGCACUGCAUGUGAGCGCGAGGCACGACAGAGCAGAGGCGAUGAAGCUGUUGCUGCGAGCUGGAGCGAAUCCGACGUAUCGGAACAAGCAGGAUAAAACGCCGCUCGACAUCGCGCAGGAAAUGGGCCACCACACAUGCAAGGAACUGUUGAGUCACGCUCUACAAAGACAAAAGACAUUGUUCGACAAUGUUAAUAUCGAUUGGAAUCUAUCGCACGAUGAAGGAUCCACGGAUUUCUCCGAUGACGAAACGAUAAUAGAAGACAGGAAUGGGUGUUUAACGCCCGAGAAGAAGUCUCGCAGUAGACCGCCGUCUUAUGUUGGUGGGGGUGGCAGCGGAGGUGGUACCGGAUCAGGAGAUUCGCCAGUCACUCUACGCAGUCGAAGUAGUACUUGUGACAGUCUGCAAAGUGGCUCUUCUCCAAGUUCGUCGACGAAUAGACAACAAAUGCCGCCACCACCACCGCCUCAGUCAAGGAAACCUGUUGCUGUUCCUGCACCAAUGGCGCCGGAUAUUCCGGUCAAUAUCCACGGGUCGUUGAAGAAGCGCGUCGCACCGCCACCGCCACCGACUGGAAGCACAGGUGGUAUACCCUCCUCUCAUUACGGUACGCUACCUUCGUCCGCGUCCUUAGCAGCAUCGACGCAUAGCCGUACAACGAGUGAACCGAUCUUAGCUGGGCAUUCUUUACAUACUCUACCACAUGCGUUAAAUACAUUAAACAGUCAACACCAUAAAAGAUCGCCCAGUGGAGAUUCUUCGACGGGACACGGUACGGACAAAAUGAACAGCUCGACGCUACAGAGACCGAGAAAUCCGCCGCCGCCGGCUCCUUCCGGUAUCAACUCGAGAUUAAGUAACGGGCGCAGCAGCGAGUCGCUGAGCUCCAUGUGCUCCGAUCACGGUUUGGGUAACCCCGUCCCUCCCCCGCGCAAGCGAAGGGACCGGGCCAGGCUAGAGAGCUACGCCGAGGAGCCUUCAUCUUUGCUCCCAAAUCUGAAUCUGCCAACGUCGUCGACUCUGAGCGGUUUAAGACGGUGCCGGGCCUUAUACGACUGCGAGGCUGACAACGAAGACGAGUUGUCCUUCCGGGAGGGCGAGGUGAUCAUCGUGACUAACGAGCAGACCGACGACGACAACUGGAUGGAGGGUGCCCUCGAAAGAGCCCCUGAGAGGAGGGGUAUGUUUCCAAUCAGUUUCGUGCACAUGCUACAAGAUUAACAUUCGGUAAGCUUGAACUCGUUGGCAAACGUAUCGAGUACUGCCGUGUCGGUGAGCGUAGCGAGCCUCGGCAGGAAGUCUUGGAUGAGGAAGUUGAAGUAGUAGAACAGUAAGAGAAAUCGCAACGCGAUUCUCCUGACACUUCUGUUUCUUUUCGUUUCAAACUUAUGGAUACCAUCAUCCUCAAUGGAAAUAAGAUUGGAAGAAUUUAUGAUCAAGCAAAGCUUUUUUUAUGCUAUAAAACAUUUCCCAGUUUCCAAAUUCAUUCAAAAUACUGAUCGAACGUAGAUCUGUUUUUGGUUCGUUACAUGCUUCCUGAUUCAAUGUUUAACAAGAAGUGUUCGGUGACAGAGGAACAGAAACCGAAGGCCGACGGUCGAACAAAAGGAAAAUUGUGAUAUAAGAUAUAUUUCAGUAUAAAUUAUUAGUAUUACGAAUCGGAUUUAAUCGAGAAAAAAGGAAAGGAAGCGAUACGCUAAUAAAACGUAUACGCGUAUAAUCGAGCAGACGCAAUGAUCGGGUCAAGUCCAUCGUGUCAUUAAUUAAUAAUUAAAACUGUAAACGAUAUCAGAAAAUGGAAAAGUUAUCUCUUAGGUGGGGCAUGAAUUAACUGACGCAAAUAACUUUUUAUUUUUUUGCUCCGUUCAUCGUUUACUGUUCCAUGUCCUCGUGUUAUAGUAGAAAAUUAAUUAUAAGCUGUUGAUUAUCGAUUCUACUUCCGGCAACAAGUUUCAUUCAUCAAAUAUAAACAGCGAGAAACAUAUUGAAUAAACGUUCACAGUUUCGUGUAUGCAGACGAACUUAAACGAAAUAUUAAACGUAUGCGUGCGCGCGUAAUUGUGUUAACGAGAGGAAGAGAAUACAGUGAAAACAAUCUGUAAUUUGUCGUAUCUCUCAAACUGUCUGGCGCACACUUCCUUCACGUACUGCCAAUGCUGAGUAUACUCUGUACACGAUACGUGUUCCAAGUUGAAAUGAAACGACAAGCCGAUGCGAAAGAGUUAAAAGAGUUGAACGUAAAAGGUACAUGCCAUUAAGAAAUGUUUUAUCACGAUGAAAUGAAAAGAACGAUGCGACAUUAAAAAUAAGUGCAUGACACCGAUUAGUAUUAUUAGCGUAUCUCGACUCUUAACGAUUGCAUGGUUACGAGCGUAUGUACAUUUUUGUAAUGCCAUAUUAUUUGUUAGUAAAUAAAUAUAUAUAUAAUUAUUAUAUAUAUAUACGUAUUGUGAAAAAUAGAAUUAUAGAGAUUUAUUAGUGAUUAAGAAUAUAUAGAAUAUAUAUAUAUAAAAGAUAAAAGAGAGAAGUAUAAAAGAAAGGACCGGAAGUGAGCAGAGCUGAUGCGUGUGUCUUGCGAUUUGAUCGAGAUUUAGUGCGCCGGAAGCGAAUUCAAACAAUUUUUUUAUUUCUUUAUUAAUAUUUUUAGUCGAAACACGUUACAUACACUCAUAUACGCGUACAUAUACGAGACCAAAGAAAACGUAAUCGCGAGCUAGGUGUAACUCGCAUCCGUGUGAAAUGGGAACGGGAGUUUAAUUAAUUUUGUUUCCCUGAAUGAUUGUAAAUUUUUUUACUGUGUUACUUCUGAUGAUGCAAUGCGUGUGCUCGUUUUCCCUUCUCCUUCUCUUCGUCUCCACUUCUUUUCUAUUUAAAAGAAAACCAUCACCAAAUAAACAUAUAUAAUUAUUGUACGUAUCGUGCACUAUGCGAAUCAUAUUUACGUGCUUGAAAUGGGUUCGAAAGCGAGAGGAUCGUAAAAAGAAAAAUGAAAUCGGUGAGCAUUGCGGACUCCGUGUCCGUUGCCUAGUCGAGAUCGGAUUAGAAUUAUAUGUAUACUAAUCAUUACUUUUCCUUUUUCAUGUCGUUUCCAAGACUCUACUUUUAAUUUUAAACAAAUCACUCUCGAUCCUUUACUCCAAUCAUCCAAUCAAAAGAAUUAUGUAGAUAAUUCGACAAUAAGAUCGUGAGAAUCAAAUGAAAAAAUCGUACAAGAAGGAAAUGUUUCUUUUGUGAUCUCGCAGUGUGUGAAAGGAAGUAGAGUACUCGGAACGAUAUACAAUUUCCUACGUGUUUAUACGCUAGGCUCGCAACGCUUUACUACUUUACUCGAACGAAACGGACAAAGCUUUUGUAUGAACAACUCUUGUUAACUAUAGUAUUUAACUAAAUCGGCUAAUGUAAGUACGUCGCGGUCGAGUUACACGAUCAAACCGUUCUUAAAUAUAUCCACUGCGACUCUUGAUAAUUUUCCUUUUUUCCAAUUAAAUAUAAUACUAUAAUCGAUUCGAUGUACGAUCAUAAUGAUCUAUAAAAUGUCCGACGACUACCACUCUGUGUAAAGAAGAACAUAGUUGCGGAGGACUCGAUAUAAUAAUUGUUAAACGAAGAUGAAGGUAUAUCGUGAUCGUUGGUACUCUCAAAAUUGAAAUGUGUGCUUUUUGAGGCGGAGAGAGUAUAAAAGAAGAGAAUGAAAAAUACAGGGUCAGACGCAACCAGUUUCAAAUCACGUCGCUGUGUAAUGCCAAUAUGUAAUAAAAGAACAAAAUGGAUUAAGGGGAAUCUGAUCUAUCUAGAGUUUAAGCUGCCUUUUUGACUUCGUUUCGCAACAUCCUCGCAAUCUUUCAUGCUAUCUUAAUUAAUAGAAUACUUAAAGAAAACAGUGAUUACAUGUCGAACUAUUUAUCAAAUCCUACGAAAAGAAAAGGUCUUUAUCAAGUACGAUGAUUUACGUAUUUAUUGUUAAAUAUUUAUGAUUUUUUAACUUGAUGUUUAAGACCAAAAAGUGUUCUAAUACUUACGAAUCCCUGCUGGAAGGUUGCGACGAAUAGUGCCGUUGAUCAAUGUACAUAUGUGUAUACAGUAAACGAGCGAGGUAAAGAGAGAGUCGAUGUUUAUAUUAUUAAGAGUAAACGAUAACAUAACGUCUUAAGUAUGUACUAUACGAAUUAAUAAUUAACGAACAGCGAAUGACUCCUGUUCCUCCGCGUGAAACUUCCGCUAUCGAGUACCGUAAUUAUUAUUAAGCGAAACGAUUAUUUAAUUUGUUCUUCGGUGUGUACUGUACGUCAAAAAGCAAAAUAUAUUGCUUCUCUUCUGUAAUUUAAUCAAAAAAUAUGCGCUCGACUACUUAAUUUUUUUAAUACAACGAUAUCACGCUAAAUUUAUUUUAUUUUAUCGCCAUUCCUUUACACCUUUCCCAAUAUCUUUUGAUUUAUCAAAGAAGUAUGUUACGAUUAUUUGUACAUGAUGAAUAUUGAAAAUUUUAGAGAAAUAUUGCAUAAUGUAUCUCUUAUAUAAAUGAUUCUUCUCACUUUGAUAUUCUAUAGCAUAUCGUUAAGACUAAACGUAGAGUACAUGUGUUCACUAAUGAAAUGUUUCAAGGAUAACGUACCGCUCACUCUUCGCAUAUAGCGAAUUGAAUAUUGUUCACAAUCUACAUUAAUUAAAUACUAACUUAUCGUUUCAAUAUAAAAGCCAUAGUGUUAUUAAGAAAACUUGGACGAAUGAAGUCAAUAAAAUAUAAGACGAGGAGCAGGAGUCAUGAGCAUAAUCCCUUGUCCUCGUUACGUUACUUUAUGCAUUUAAAGAAACAAGAUGGAGAAAGCGUUGAGUAGACUAUAAGUAUUUAUUACUAUUCCAUAGUUACUCGUAAGUAGAUGAAACGCACGUUAUGUAAUUAUACAAAAGGAAUGAUGGGAAACGUUUCAGGAAUUUCUGAGGUGAUAGAAAAACGUUUUCGGAGAGAGAAAAACAAACUACGCUAUCGUAUAUCGAUUAAGUGUUUAUGUACCUAAUUAAUUGCCCGUGCUAAUUAAAAGAGGCGAAAUAAUUACGUAUGAAACACGAGUCGUUUGUCUUAGAUGCGGCCUUCGGACAAUAUUCGAAACAGGUCUAAAUAUCGAUAUCAAUAUUAAACGAUAAUGUACUAACGUCUACUGUAUCCUUCGCGACUAAAUCGUUCUGAACGGGAUUGACUCUCGAACCUCUGAAAUGUAUCAGAAAUAAAUAUCAUUUAGAGAACUA